AUGUUCGAAGUUGACACUGAAGUCAUUGUUAUUGGUAAGGGAUUUUGGGAAUAUCUUGUUUCUAAAGCAUACCUGGGAAUUUGGUCUUCUUUGGGUAGAAGUUUGCUACUGUGUAACCUAUUUUUCCUUCAUCGUUCGUUGCCCAUAGAUGCCAAAAAUCGUCGAAUAUUUCGGCUUGUAGCUGUAAAAAGCGAGCUGAAAGUUUUAGCCUUCUUGUUGCAGAUGGGUGCACGAAUCUAUUGAAUUCAUCCACCGCUCGCAUAGUUAUGAGAGUUUCUCUUUACAAGAUAGUUUCUGAACUUUCAAAAAUGCCUGGUUUGCCUUCUGUUAACUACCCAAGCCACUUAUACACCUGAAAAUUUGUUUAGCAACAUCUAACUUCCAAAUCUAUUGUUUGAAUUUCCUGUUUUGAGCAAAUUUUGGCUGAUUUCCAAGGAUCCCCUCCUCAAGCUGCCCGCAAAGAGGUUGGCCAUUCUGCUUUUGUCAUCAAAAUAAACUUCUUAUUGUUAGCCUUAUCACGUACUCUUCAACAAUUUCUCCAUUUCAGGUAACGGCCCCGCCGGAAUCUCCCUCUCAGCCUUCCUGUCGGGCUGGCUGCCCUAUUACUCGUUGGAUCGUCCGCAUCCGAAUCAAUUCAUUCAUGAGAAUCUCGCCGAGAACUCUCAGCUCUCCCUCUUGGAUCAGGAUCUCAGCUGGUAUCGGCCCGAAUACGAGCAACAUGCCAGUGCUUCCGUGGGCCUCUACUCCGACCUGAUGGAUCGGUUGAUGCGGCCAGAGGGUUCAGAGCCCAGUACGGUUGGGCCUUGCUUGGAUUUCGAAUUUUGCCCGGCACGAAGGGUGCCGCAUGUUGUUUUGGGCGAUGGGCCGAUUGGUGGGAGCUGGAAUCGCUACGAUGACAAUGUAAGGGGGUUUGAAGCGGCGUUGGUUUUGGGAUUCUAUGAUGUUUGGAUUUCCCUUUAAAUUUCAGCCUCCAAAAUCAGAAAGACUUAAGGGAAACCCUAAUAAAAUGUUGUUGUGGGCCAUAAAAGGCCUUGGAAUUUUGCAUAGAGAUUGUUCCCGAAAAUGAGCUCAAUUUAGUUCGAUUUCCUAUGAGCUACAUAGAUUAUCAACCGUUUUUUCAGAUGGCCACAGUCUCCCUGUGCACCUGGAUGGAUCUCCCCGGCUACUCAUUGGCCAACUUCCUCGGAGGUCAGAGUUUGAUUGCCCGUCUUCCGGCCGGUCUCAUCCGCGAAUACUUCAAAGCCUACGCCAAGAAGAUGGGAUUGGAGGAGAAUUUCGCGCAAUACACAACGGUGACCAACGUGAUGAAGUUCUGCUCCGACGUGGAUCAAAAGGAAUAUUGGAAGGUUUCGGGUUACGAUCAAGAUGGAAAUGCCUUCUCGAUCACUUCGAAGAGGAUUGUUCUGGCGUGUGGAAGAAGCCAUCAUCGACAGCUUGAUGUAAGUUCUGCACACCACACGUCAAACUGACGAGUUCGGUGACCGGAAUAGACUUUUCGCUAUCGGUUUUUUACACUUUGUCUUGAUUGCACAGAGAAGACAGAGAAAAGACGCGCAAAACAUACUCUCGUGCCCCAAAAAUUUCCCAUUUCUCAGCCGACAAAAAGAGCUUUUGCGUCUUUUUUUGGCGACCUGCCAAUUUAUUCACCGGACUGUUAGCUUACCCUAGGACGAAUCUUUAGAAUAAUCCAUAAUUUUGGUCCCGGUUUCUUCACUGGUAUAGAAUUUUGGUCCUUUUUGUGUUAGUGGUACCUCCGUAUUCCCCAACAGGACUUCUAAGGAGCAGAACUUUAAUUUUGACGACAAAAAAGAUAAAAUUUUCAAAAAGAAAAUGAGUUUUUUUGGCAAGAAUAUUUUCUGUUUUUUCUUACCCCUCCCAGGAUUUGAUAUAUAUUUCUCAAGCCCUCAGGUAUCCCUCAGUCUAUAAUAAACUCCAAAAUUAUCCUUUAUCUUACCAUAGUCCUUGAUUUUUUUACCUUUUCCCUUGAACCCCUCUAAUUUUUCCAAUUCCAGGUUCCCGGUGAAAACAAUGCUAUGAAUCUGGUCUACACAGCCAAGGAGAUGCGUCAAGUUCUGCACGAGAUCGAUGAAAAUUCCUUUAACAACGAGCUGGACCUCUCAAAUCGGCCGGUCCUGGUGGUCGGUGAUGGAAUCUCCGCCGCUGAUUCGAUAAUGAGCUGUUUGAAGAUGGGAAUUCCCGUGAUCCACGUGUUCCGACGAAGCGAACGGGAGCUCAAGAACACGAUGUUGGCAAGGCUUUCAUCCAGCGUCUAUCCCGAAUACGCCGAGGUCUUUAGUCUCAUGAUCGGACGCUCCGAGAAUCCGCUCUACACGAAGAUGUCCUGCUCCACGGUUCAACGGAUCUUCCCCAACGCUUCGGCGGAGAUUCAGCGAAACUCUAGCAGUCAUCAGAUGCUCGACUAUCGAUGCAUCGUCAUCUGUGUGGGGCUGCGGACCGAGCUCAGCAUGCUGGAGGACAAGUACAACUUCCAAGCCGACUACGAAGCCGAGGAAGACCCUACGUUGUUUGCGAUUGGCUCCGUUAUCGGCGACCAUUUCGUCCGGUAUCUGGUGGGCGGCGCACUCAAGGUCGCGCAACGCCUUCAGCAACAGCACAAAGCGGACAUGCACGCAAGUGCUGGCAGCAUUGCGGACAGUGUGGAGUCGGAGCAAAGUCACGCCUCUUCGUCGCGUUUCAGCGAGAUUUUGGGCAAGAGUUUUACGGUGCCGCGGAUCAUGUGCAAAUGGUUCCGGCUGCCGUGUAGCACUCAUCACAGCUCCAGUGGGCCGUUGGAAUCUCUGUCGUGA